AUAUUUCAAUAAUUUUUGUACAUGAAGUGUUGUUUGUCAUGAGAAUUUAUAUAUUCCCUAAAUACUAAAGUGUAAUUUGAAGAAAGGUGUUUGGUUAGUAUGGAAAUUUCACUUGCUCUUAGUAGUGACACCAUAUCAGAUCAACCAGUGACUGUUGACUUGGACCAUCCUGUGGAAUAUUCUUCCAGUAAGUACUCUGUCAAGGAAAGCGGAAGUGGGUUUGUCUGUGUUCACGAUUAUGUAAAGGCUGUUCUUUUAGAGGUUACAAAGGAUUGCUUUACCAUUGUUGGAGUCUUUUUUUUCCGAACGUCAGGAUCUCAACACGCCUUUAGUCUUGGAACUUCCCAAGGUAUUGUCGACUUCGAAGCAUCCCUAUCUCCUAAAACGCCGUCCCCUUCAGCUGAUUUGCAUAUAGUUCUCUCUACUAAGCAUCUUAUAGAUAAAGUCGAAUUUUUCGCUGAUACCCUACUCAUUGGUACAAUAAAUGGGUCGUUAGGUAUCGUACUCUUUCGGGACCCUAAACAAGUUAAGGGUUGUUUUGUAGAGCGGAAUACAGUGUAUAGGGGACUUCAUCGCUGGGGGUUUGCCUGUGAAUCAAACUUAUGUGCUAUUGCCUCCGAAAAUAACGUAGCUAUAUUUGCCUACCAACGAGACCAAUUUGAGUACAAAUCAGAUUAUAGAACUGAGAUUGAAAUAGGUAAUAUAUCAUCGAUUCUAUUACUAAAGCAACACAGUGAAGUCCUAUUGAGUAUACUUAUUCACUAUACCACUUCCCAUGAUCUCACUUUACUUACACUUCGACUUGCUGAUUGUACAACUAUUUCACGUGAGAACAUAUCAUUAGUCUGUUAUUUGCGUAACUCAGCCUAUUUUUUUGAGCCAGGACCGCAAUCAUUUACAGUAGGAACUCACAACGCACAUAUCGUGGUUACUUUACUUCCAGAUUAUAUUUGCUUUGGCACGAUAUGUGAGGCGAAAUAUGAAAUAUAUACUUCAGUACCAAAUGAUUCCAAUGCACCAUUUGAGUUUGGUCAUUGGAGCAAAAGAUGUUUGUGCUCCUCCAUUCUCAUUGAUAAAGAUUAUGAUUCCAACUUUUCCUUUGCAGCGCUGCGGAGUGAUUGCAUUUGUGUUCUAUAUGAUCUGAAGACAAGUGGAGAUAAGAUUAAGGACAUAUAUUUAACUCACCAGAUAGUUUUACCAUUCUCGGGGUUUUGUUUCUCACCUUUUCAGGGAUCAAAUGGAAUUCUCAGUAUUGCACAUUGUGAUUUAGUGUGCUCGUCAUUUGAAUACUAUAGAUCAGUACAAGUACAGCGCUCAUUUAGUGAUUCCUUUUUACCGCUGCGGGGGAUGGGCUUUCUGAAGGAGUCUUCAUUAAUUUUACUCCUAGAAGUGGUACAAACAGGGAAUUAUUGCGCGUUUGUUUACCUUCUUAAGAGCGGAGAGUGCCUUUUAGCUGUUUAUGAAAUUGAGGGGACAAAACGUGUAGCAUUUGAGGAAAACCCAUGUGAAGUGACAAGCAUUUUCUAUUUCAUUAAAGAAGAAACAAAAAAUUGUGUUCUAGGCUUUAAUGAUGGAAUGGUAAAAAUCUUUACUGAGGGGAAGUUUUGUGCUGCUGUGCGAACACCGCAUUGCGGGCCUAUAGAUAGACUCAGUACCUUGUAUAAUUUUCAUGCAUAUUAUGCUGAAGCCGUGUUUGUUAGCAUAUCUUCAUCCAUGGGAACUAUUUGUUUUCAUUCAGUCGAAACAGGGGAGGUAUCGCAAACAUUUGUAUCCCCAUCUCGCCCUCUGACCUCGUGUUACUUGGACCGGAGCUGUGAAUAUCUUUUCGCCUUUUCACAACUGACAGGGAAUUUAUGGCAUCUACAGAGUUGUAGCUUAGAGCGUACAUUUGUGGCUGUUGAAAAGCCUGAUUUCCAAGGAAACCUGAGUGAUUUAAUGGCCAAAACCUGUACAUCAUCUUUGCGAAUUAAAACACUACACUUCCUUGGAAGAAGGUAUUUUAGCAUUUACAUCAAUAUUGAAAGGAUCAUUGCGGACAUGCAAAGUUCUGAGAAUUUGUUAUUUAAGUUUCCUUCAGCUACUUCCUUGCUUUUAGAUUGCUGUGUUGCAAUGAAUGAGACAUCGUCAUUGCUGGCUGAUAAUAGCUUAUCUAAUGUCUUGGAAAGUAUUUCCCUGAAAACAUCCAGUUCAUGUGACAUCUGCUUGAUCCUUGGCGUAAUGCGUUUAGUGUAUGCACUCUUUGAUUCAACUAAAGAUGCGAAGACGGCCUAUGAAGCAAUAAAAAUGAGCAUCCAAUUGCACCAAAAUUUAUCCUCUAAAUGUAGUGACGAAUCAGGAUCAUUGCUAGGAAAUCACAUAUGUGACUAUUUUUUUACCUUCUUUAUUAAUGUACGGUUUGUUUCAGCUGCCGCACGGCAUGGCUUUCAGAUUUUAGCCCGUAAUUUGACACCCGAGCGCAUUUUAAACUUAUCACAAAAUCUUCUUAAUAAUAAAAUACUCAUUUACCACGGCACACACGGAGCCGCAACACACAAAAUACCCUUUUCCGAAAACGAAAUGUACGUUCUUAUUGGUACCCUUAUCGUAGAGAGUGAGGUCCAGGUAGCACCCAAAUUAGCCUGUGAGCUUCAGCAGCGUCUAGUGACACCAAUAUUAGACUUCCUGAAGGAAUGGCUUAGCUCUUCGAAAUCCGAGACAAUUUCUUUUGACUUGUCUAUGGCUCUUUUAGCCUUUUCAGAAGGAUUUCCAAUCUUUACCGGAGUCCUGGGCACAUCAAACUUGAUAUUUCAAUUGUUUGAAUACGCCAUUAAAGGUGGUUGUGAGGGAUCUAGGAGUGUUUGUAUGCGAGCCUUGUCGCGCAUUAUCGCUCACAAUCCUGUGAAGUUUAUUGAGGAUUACUGCGUGGAGUUUUCCGCAAAGCACCCACGCUGGAAUUCGGCUUUAAUUAAACUUUUUGCAUUUUUCGUCAUCAAUUUUUCGUGUAAAGCCUUUUACGUAUGUGAUUACUUAUUAGACUUUAGCAUCAAGCUAAUGGGUAAAAGUUCCGUAGUGGAUGAAAAAGAUGUCAUAAUGGGCGCUAUUACUCAGUUUGUUCGUACGUUAACGACCUUUUUACCUAAUAUUUCUUUUCAGGCUCACUCGCAGCGCAUUGCAGUUGGUACUUCAGAGGGGGUUGUAAGGGUGUAUAGCCUUAAAACUGAGGGUAUUGUGACAUCCUUUAAUGCGCAUCCGGAGCCGGUUCUUUGCUUAGCGUUUAGCAGCAACAAGACCGAUUAUGAGUUAGUAACCGUAUCGAAAAAUAUGAACGGCAUAAAAGUUUGGAAGACUCCACCGCAAAGUAUAUCUUUGGUAAACCUUUUUUCUAGAUCUCCAAGGAAGUUUGAGCUUUUUUCCGAGGUUGAUUUACCGGUAGUCCAGGAAUUUGUUACUACUGAAUUGCUACUCGUUCAAUUCUGCCAAAUUCAGUGGCUUUCUCCAGAGUGCGUACAGUUUGUAUCUCCCUGGCACAAAAAGGUAAUACAUACGGUAUAA